AUGGCCGGAGGAGACCACCACCAGCCGGAAGUCGGCCCGUUCGUGAUCGGAAUCCUCGGGAUGCUCGCCGGAGCAAUCGUCGUCGCCACCUACCACUGCAUUGUCGUCGGCUGCUACCAAAUCCACUCGCGCGAUUCCACCGAGACCGCCGCGGCGGCGGCGCGGGAGGAGGAGAACGUCGAAGGCCGGAGCACCAGCAGCAGCAGCGGCAGCAGUAACUCGUCGGCGGCGUUGAUUCCGGUGGUGAAGUACAGCAAGGAAGAGCGGAGCCUGGAGGCGAGUACCACGUGUUCGGUUUGCUUGUCGGAUUUCAGCGAGGGCGAACCGGUCCGGGCGCUGCCCGUUUGCUCGCACGUGUUCCACGUGGUGUGCAUCGACAGGUGGCUUCUCUCGCACCCGAACUGCCCCGUCUGUCGGGCCAAUACGGUACCCGUUUCACACGUGGCCCUGACGGUGUCGGACCGAGAUGGAUCCGGGUUCGGAUCCGGGUCGAGGGCGAGGGAGGGGAGUCAGGCCGCGGGAAGAUUGGUUGGUUAUUUUGUUAUCUGA